AUGGCAGACUCCGCGCUCGUCGACCACUCCCCGCACCAUCCCACCAAGGCGGCACGACUCGAGACCGCUUCGAAUGUCAUUCUCAUUGACAACUACGACUCCUUUACGUGGAAUGUUUACCAAUACUUGGUCCUCGAGGGCGCAACAGUCACGGUCGUUCGCAACGACGAGAUUUCUUUGGAGGACCUGAUUGCUAAAAAGCCGACGCAGCUGGUCGUCAGUCCUGGUCCGGGCCACCCGAAGUCCGAUGCGGGUAUUAGCAAUGCUGCAAUCCAGCACUUCGCAGGCAAGGUACCUAUCUUCGGUGUGUGUAUGGGCCAGCAAUGCAUCAUCCACUCGUUCGGCGGCAAAGUAGAUGUUACCGGAGAGAUCCUACAUGGCAAGACAUCGGUCUUGAAACACGACGGCAAAGGUGCCUAUGAAGGUCUUCCCCCUUCCGUGGUCAUCACCAGAUAUCAUUCUCUGGCCGGAACGCACUCCACCGUACCUGAGUGCUUGGAAGUGAGCUCUUUUGCUCAGUUGGGCGAGGAUGCGGACAAGACCGUCAUCAUGGGUGUGCGGCACAAGCAGUUCGCGAUUGAAGGUGUUCAGUUCCACCCCGAAAGUAUCUUGACAGAACACGGUCAGACGAUGUUUAGAAACUUCCUUAAGCUCACUGCCGGAACCUGGGAAGGCAAUGGAAAGAAUAUUGCUCAGGAAGGCCAUUUCACCGCUGCUGCUCCGAACCCCCCGAAGGCGACUAAAAAGGUGUCCAUCCUGGAGAAGAUCUAUGAUCAUCGGAAGGCGGCUGUUGCCAAACAGAAGCUUAUCCCAUCGCAGCGCCCGUCCGAUCUUCAGGCUGCCUACGAGCUCAAUGUUGCUCCGCCACAAAUCUCGUUCCCUGAUCGUCUUAGACAGUCAGCAUACCCCUUGUCGUUGAUGGCAGAAAUCAAGCGCGCAUCUCCAUCGAAAGGACUCAUAGCAGAGCACGCCUGUGCCCCUGCGCAAGCGCGGCAAUACGCCAAGGCUGGCGCCAGUGUGAUCUCGGUGCUUACUGAGCCUGAAUGGUUCAAGGGCAGUAUCGACGACCUACGUGCUGUGCGUGCCAGUCUAGAGGGAGUGACCCACAGGCCUGCUAUCCUGAGGAAGGAGUUCGUUUUUGAUGAGUACCAGAUUCUGGAAGCUCGCCUUGCUGGUGCGGAUACCGUACUACUCAUUGUGAAGAUGCUUGACACCGAGCUGCUCACAAGACUCUAUCGUUACUCUCGGAGCCUUGGGAUGGAACCCCUUGUUGAAGUCAAUACACCAGAAGAAAUGAAGAUCGCGGUUGACCUCGGCGCUCAAGUCAUUGGUGUCAACAACCGAGACCUAACCAGCUUUGAAGUUGAUCUUGGCACCACAAGCCGGCUCAUGGACCAGGUACCCGAGAGCACAAUUGUCUGUGCGCUCAGCGGUAUCUCCGGGCCCAAGGAUGUGGAAGCUUACCAGAAGGAUGGCGUGAAAGCCAUUCUUGUCGGAGAGGCCCUUAUGCGUGCUUCGGACACUGCAGCAUUCGUUGCCGAGCUUCUUGGAGGAAGCUCGAAGAAGCUCCCCCUACAGUCGCAACGCUCUCCGUUGGUCAAAAUCUGUGGUACAAGAACCGAAGACGGUGCGCGCGCGGCUAUUGAAUCUGGUGCUGACUUGGUGGGCAUUAUCCUCGUCCAAGGUCGGAAACGUACUGUUCCCGAUGAUGUUGCUCUGCGAAUCUCGCAACGAGUGAAGUCAACCCCACGUCCCAUUCCCUUGUCUACGGAAGUUCCUCAAGGAGACACCAAUGCAACUUCUGUUGACUAUUUCGACCAUUCCGCCAACACCUUACGGCACCCCACGCGUGCUUUGCUAGUCGGUGUGUUCCUCAACCAGCCGCUAUCAUAUGUACUAGCACAGCAACAAAAGUUGGGGCUUGACGUGGUUCAGCUGCACGGGUCCGAACCGCUUGAAUGGUCUAGGUUAAUCCCAGUUCCUGUCAUCCGCAAGUUCGGUCUUGACGACUUCGGCAUUGCUCGACGGGCAUACCACACGUUGCCGUUGCUGGAUUCUGGAGCAGGGGGUUCUGGGGAAGUUUUAGACCAAUCACGCGUCAAACAAAUCCUAAACUCUGACGAGGGGUUGCGAGUCAUUCUAGCAGGUGGUUUGGAUCCGAACAAUGUUACUGAAAUCAUCAGACAGCUUGGCGAUUCGGGGCAUAAGGUGGUCGGGGUGGAUGUCAGUUCCGGAGUCGAGUCAGAUGGUGCUCAGGAUCUUGAUAAAAUACGGGCGUUUGUUCAAGCAGCAAAGAGCCUUUCUCAGUGA